AUGGAUAGAUUUAUUACUCGGACCUCGACACUGAUUGAAAGCUCACCAUCAACUUCUGGAACAUCAAAACAGAGUAAAGACUCACCAUCAACUUCCGGGACUUUAAAAAUGAGUGGGAAUUCACCAUCAACUGCUCGGCCGUCAAAACAGAGUAAAGGUAAGUGUCGGUUAUACGAUGAAUCUUAUAUAUCCAUUGGUUUCACAUGGUGUGGUCCAGAAGAUGAACCUAUUCCCGAGUGUAUCAUAUGUGGAAAAACAUUUACCAACGAAUCGAUGGUGCCCAACAAAUUAAACAGACAUUUUAUUAAACAACAUUUUCACUUGAAGUGCAAAGAUAUUCACUAUUUCAAAAGACUUUUAAGUAGCCGAAAAAAAGAAGCAAUCAAGUUCACAAAAAAAGUUAAAAUUUCCGAGAGGGCUCUCGAAGCUAGUUUUGUUGUUUCCCAAAUGAUUGCUAACAACAUGAAAGCGCAUACUAUUGGAGAAAAUUUAAUCAAACCUGCGUGUAAGGAAAUGGUGCGAAUAAUGAUUGGAGAUGAAGCAGCUCUUGAAAUAGAUAAGAUACCGAUGUCUAAUGACACUAUUACUCGUCGCAUAAAUGAUAUGUCCGUAGAUAUAAAACAACACACCGUAGAAAAGAUGAAACUUUCUCGGUUCACACUUCAAGUUGACGAUUCAACUGUUAGCGACGGAAAAUGUUACAUAAUAGGAUUUGUUCGUUUUGUUAUUGGUUAUGAUAUUAUAAACCAGUUUUUGUGUUUGGAAGAGUUAAAAACAAGUAUAAGAGGCAAAGACAUUUUUGAAACAAUCAAUGUUUUUUUUGAAAAUAAUGGAAUAUCGUGGAGUGACUGUGUUAGAAUUUGUACUGAUGGAGCUCCAAGUAUGACCGGGAAUAUCAAAGGGUUUAUUACACUCGCUAAAAUGAAAAACCCAUUAAUCGUUAAGACUCAUUGUUUCAUCCACAGGGAAGCGCUAAUGACAAAAACGUUGGGUAGUGAUCUCAAUUCUAUUUUGAUUAAUGCUGUUCGUAUUGUCAACUACAUUAAAGGAAAGCCCUUGAAAAGUAGGAUUUUUGCCGAAAUUUGUAAUUCAAUGGAUGCUGGUUUUACAAAUUUGUUGUACCAUACCGAAGUGAGGUGGUUAUCAAGAGGAAAGGUCUUAGCACGUCUCUAUGAACUUAAAGAGGAACUUUUACUGUUUUUCAUGGAAGAGGACAAUGAAGAAUUUACAAGUUUUUUGGAAGAUCACGAUUGGAUAUCAAAAUGUGCGUACUUGGCUGACAUUUUUCAGCAUCUUAACUUAGUUAAUUCUAGUUUGCAAGGGCCAUUAGAAAAUGUUUUAACUUCCACCGACAAACUUUCAGCUUUUCAAGAGAAAAUCUCCAUUUGGUGUACAAACUUGGAUCAAGGGAACACAGCUAUGUUUCCACUUUUUACUAGUCAAGAAAACUCUAAUCCUGAAGUUCUGGGAACCAUAAGAAGUCACUUGCAGGCCUUGCAAAUGUCAUUGAAAUAUUAUUUUCCAGACUUGAAUGUGAAACAGUAUGACUGGGUUCGCAACCCAUUUACAUCCUUGGUGCAAACAGAUGACUGUGAAUUACAACAGGAAGCUGUGGAACUAAAAAACGACCGUACGCUGCAACUAAAAUUUAAAGAAAUGUCGCUCAACAGCUUUUGGGUGAGUCUCCACAGUGAAUACCCUCGACUAUCAACGAAAGCUAUUGAAGUGCUACUUCAAUUUUCGACGUCCUGGCUAUGUGAACAUGGAUUCAGCGCGCUCACAAAUAUUAAAACAAAAAAACGCCAAAGACUUACAAAAACAACACUAGAAGACGAUAUGAGACUCGCUCUAUCAACCAUCAACCCUCGAAUUCCACAACUAUGUAAAAAUCACCAGGGUCAAAUUUCUCAUUAA